AUAUUACUGAUAUCAGUACCGCUAUCACUACUCGUUACCUGAAACCAAGCUCAGUCUCUUUUACUAAAUCAGACAAAUCGGUACAAUUUACUUCUGGAUAUUGAAAAUGCGGAAUGAAUCGUAUCUCGGUCGUGUUUUUGCUUUCCCAAAGUUGAUCGUUUUCUGGUGCCUUCUUGUUCUACUGACCAGUCACAUAUCAGCACAAGUUGAAAAUGAAACGUUCGAGAGUGUAUUCGGACUGGAUAGACUGGAUAAUAAGGAAUCGACGUACCCAGAAAUUAACAAGAAUACCGGACAAAUAUAUCCGAUAGAAACGCAAGAUUUAUCCGAGGUAGUGGACUUGAACAGAGAUGGAGAUGACUACAAGGAAGGAAUGGAGAAAGGAGCGGAAGAUGUUCCAGACAAUACCAGUGACAACCACGACGAAAAAAAUAUACCUGAGGGUAAAAUCAUGUCUUCGUCAGGUUUCUCUAAGAAAAUGAUCGGAAGAAAGAAUGAGAAGUAUGUGAGGUACGACUCCGAUUUACCGGAGGCAGACAGAUACGCGCCUCGUCCGGAUGAUUCAGUUUCAAAUUAUGUCUUAACAGAGACUAGACUGAAAGAAAUUCGAUCAGAAUUCAUGUAUUGGUACUUCGACAAGGGUGGUAUCGAUGACGAAGGCGAUUAUCAAAAAGAAAUCCAAGCUUCGACGCCACAAGUACACAAGAAUUUCAAUUUUCAAUUACCAUUCUUUGGCUUCAGAUUCAAUUACACCAGAGUAUCAAUGAAUGGCUUCCUAGAAUUUAGCGAUCCUCCGAUACAUUACACAUAUCCUCUCGUAUUCCCGAUCAAAGAUUGGCCAAGAAAGAACGAUCCUAGUUUUAUAGGGAUAUUUUUCAGUAAAUGUCGCAUAGGAGAAAUAAGACCAACCGACAUAGAUCAGAGGAGACCGGGUGUAUACUUUAGACUGGAACGAGAUUUACAGAGGAGAACAGAUCAAUUUGGCGUCGAAAUGCGUGAACGCCUCAAAUGGGAUAUCCGCGAAGGAAUUAUUGGUACAGAGGCCUUCGACCCUAAACACGCGGUCAUAGUAACGUGGAAAAAUAUGUCCUUCACUGGUGGUAUCGAUAAUUCCCUUUACAACACGAACACGUUUCAAAUGGUCCUGGCCACAGAUGAAGUGAACACCUAUGUCAUAUUUAAUUACCUGAAUAUUCAAUGGAGCAGUCACACAGAAGCUGGUGGUGAUACAAUGUAUGGAGAAGGUGGAGUCCCAGCAUUUGUCGGUUUUAACGCUGGAAAUGGCACACGAAGCUACGAAUACAAGCCCUUCUCUCAAAUGUCGACGAUUCGCGAUUUAACCGGAAGAGGAUGGGCGAACGGUUUUCCAGGACGUCAUAUGUUUAGGAUAGAUGAAAACAUAAUGCCUGCAGUUUGCAAUAAAGAUAUUUCUGGAGCAAAUUUGCCUCUUGUGUUUGCACCUGAAAGCGGAAACAUGUUAGGCGGUACCAUCGUGAAUAUUACUGGUCCGUGUUUCAAUGAGACUGAGAAAAUUCGAUGUAUGUUCGAAAGUGAGUGGGUGAUAGGUACUGUAGUGGACAAAAAUCGAGCAAUAUGUGUUCAACCAUUCGUGAAGGCACAAGGAUAUAUUCGAUUCGCGAUUAGCAUUGGUGACAGUAAAACAUACAAUUGGAAGGGAAAAUAUUUCAUUGAAACCCCAGCUACAGCGACCGAGAAAAUCUUUGUGUCCAAUAGCGUUCACGAAGCAUAUCCAGCUGAAAUAAAAAUUACUUGGGAUCGAUACAAUUUAACCAGCAAUUUGAACGCGGGAGUACAAAUAUCUUUGUGGGGAUAUCGUGAGACGAAAACUACUCCCGAAUUUGAAUACAUCACUAAUUUGGAGACAGCAUAUACGAAUUUGGGUAGCUAUAUUAUAAGACCAGCAGCAUACCGUGACUUAAGCAAUCCUUAUCAGCAAGACAUGACUUUCGGUUUUCUCCAGCUCAAUUUAACAGAUCCGCAGCAACAAACUGGCCUUAACAUCACGCCGAGCCUAUGGAGUAGACCAAUUCCAUUAGCCUGGUACUUUGCUCCACAAUGGGAAAGAGGAUAUGGAUCAAAAUGGCCUCAACGACUUUGCGACAAGUGGAUCAUGAACGACAGAUAUUUGAAAAAUUUUGCGGCGGAAAUAUCUCUGUGUCCGUGUACUUUAAAACACGCGUUAAAUGACAAAGGUCGUUUCCUUCCGGAUUACGAUUGCGAUAAAGAUUCGAAUUUGGAUUGCAUGUAUAAUAUGCAUGCGCAUCAUUGUGUGAGAACAGGGGCGCCAAACAUGGAUGGUUCUGAGCAGCAAUGUUGCUACGAUAAAAAUGGCUAUCUAAUGUUGACUUACGAUCAGCAAUGGGGUUCGAGACCACAUAGGUCCCACAACUUAGGAUAUUAUCCAUGGGACGAGGCGAACAAAGUACCAACUCUUUCUCAUUGGUACCACGACAUAAUACCAUUCUAUAUGUGUUGUAUGUGGCAAGAAGAACACGCAGUCGGUUGUGAAACGUUCAGAUUUGAAAGACGACCAAGUCAAGAUUGUAUCGCUUAUCAGUCCCCAGCUAUCGCGACGGUGUUUGGUGAUCCUCAUAUUGCAACAUUCGAUGGCUUGGAAUAUACCUUUAAUGGAAAGGGAGAGUUCGUUUUAGUACGUGUGAAUAAUAUAAAAGAUAAGCUUGACGUGCAAGGUAGAUUCGAGCAGUUGCCGAAUAACGUGUACGGUGAAGUUAGGGCUACGCAAUUGACAUCUGUAGCAGCAAGAGGAAAUAACUCAGCAACCAUAGAAGUUCGAUUAAGGCCAAAACACUCGCAAUGGAGAUAUCGCCUCGAUGUCUUCGCCAAUAAUCGUCGAGUAUACUUCGAUAGGCCAUCCAUAAAAUUCCAACAUUUUACCGGCGUUGUGGUUUAUACACCCACGUACAUUUUAAAUCAGAGUGAAGUGAUCAUCAUGUUUGAUACUGGUGCAGGUGUGGAAGUAAUCGAAAACGAAGGAUACAUGUCAGCCAGAGUUUACCUGCCCUGGACGUACUUGAACAAAACCAGUGGUCUAUUUGGAAAAUGGAACUUUGACAUUGCGGACGACUUGACAAAUCCGGAUGGACAACAAGUAGCAGCGUCCAAUUUGAACCACUUUGAGGCUGUACAUAAAGACUUUGCCAUUCAUUGGAUGUUGGAAGAUAAAGAAGAUGACGAUAAAGGAGGCCCAUUGUUCACCAGAGAAUUUGGCAGAACUGCGAGUUAUUAUUCGAAUAGAACCUUCGAGCCCGAAUGGCGUAAGACGCCUGCAGAGAUACUACCUUCAAACAGGUCGUACGAUAUACAACGAGCUGCUGAUCUGUGUGGACAAUCAUAUCAGUGUCAAUAUGACUACGCAAUGUCGCUCAAUCGUGAUAUGGCUCAUUUCACGAAAAAUUAUUACAACACGUACACUGAAAUAAGGGAUAUCAAUAUAAAUGAACGAGUGGUAUCAUGCGGUGUAUUGGAGACGCCACGCUUCGGACGCAAGAGUAACUUCUUCUUCGUGCCAGGUACGAAGGUAACUUUUGAAUGCAAUCAGGACUUUAUAUUGGUUGGCGAUCAACGACGUGUAUGCACUCCCGAAGGUCGUUGGAACGUGCCAGAGUACGGAUAUACGGAGUGUCUACGUCAACAGGAAUAUAGUUCUCGUCAAGCAGGUAUCACAGCUGGUAUAGUACUUGCUUGCCUAAUACCAGUUAUAGUACUGAUUAUCUUUGUGGCAUCCAGACUUCUAAAGAAACAGAAAGAACAAAGAGAACAGGAGGAAGCAUUGCAUAGAGCGAGAAACACAGAGCUCCAAAGAUUACGCAAGCUCAAAGAUGAACAAGAACCUACUUCAUACACCAGUAAAGCAACAGAAAUAAAUUAAACAAUGGACGUAUUUUUAUACAAAUUUUUUUUAUAACUUGUUUCAUAUCAUUGCACAUUGUAUUCUUAUCAUUUACUCACUUCAAGACUUAGUUAUAUUUAUUUUAGAAAAAUAUAUCUAAUACAUAAGAUAAUUUCCGUACAACUACUUUUAUAGUUAUUGUUCAGAUUAUGUUUAGUUAGUAGCUAACGUGACAUAAAAUAUUUGUUUUACAGUGCAGCUUAAAGAUCCAUUUUUUCUCUGUUAGAUUACAUUUUAUGACAUAAAUCUUCUGCAUAAGGUGGAAAGCAUAUUUAAUAUAGUAUUUUUAUAUUAAUGUUAAUGUUAAUUGUACAUGUACAAUAUUCGAUACGCAGGAUAUCCCAUUAAUUUUCUUAUGAGGUGAUAUCUCCGUUACUGCUAAUGAUACCUGAAAAUGACAAAGCAACAGAUUGUUUGGUUCGGAGAGACAAAUAUUAUGGAGAACAAAAAUUUUUUCUUAACGUAACACUUUUCGAGAUUUCAAACUCAUCGAUGUUUUUUUUUUAUAAAUUGAAUCAUAUAUUUCUUAAUGAAAAGGACAAGGAAAACAAAUAUAAAUACAAUACCUCACGUCUUUUCUUGUCUUUUGUAUGAUAAGUUUCAUAAAAUAAAAUUUAAAAUAUCUAUUAAUUUUUUAUAGAGACUCUGGAACUGGAUCGAUUAAUAUAUUAAAAAAUAUAUUUAAAAAUGCUUGUUUAUCAUCCUAUUUGUCUUUCUAAACCAUAUAGUUUGUCGCUGUGUCAUUUUUACGUAUCAUUAAAAGUAACUGAGAUAUCGCUUUAUAAUAGAGUUAAUAGGAUACUCUGUGUAUGUAUGUAUAAUUAGAAUUUUAUACAAUCAACAAAAUAUAUAAAUGGGUUAUGAAAUAUAAUUUUUAAGAUAUUUUAUAAAAUUUUAUAAAAUAAAAAAAAUGACAUUUAAAUAUCACAUAUAAUUAUCAAAUCGCGAUCAUACUUCCAUAAAUACAACAAUACUAUUAUUUUACCGCUUUAUCUGUUAAUGUAAUGUACAGUGCUAUAACUGUGAUGUACAUACAAUCGAAGGUUGUAUUAUGCAUAGUUCAAUGAACUUAGAUUAAUAUAAGUAUUAAGAAUAUAUAUAUAUAUAUAUAU